CCUGAGAUUCCUGAACGCAUCUGCGAACAAACUGGAAAGCCUUCCUCCAGCCACGCUUUCUGAAGAGACAAACAGUAUCUUACAAGAGUUGUAUUUGACAAAUAACAGCCUCACAGACAAAUGUGUGCCCUUGUUAACGGGACACCCGCAUUUGAAGAUCCUUCACAUGGCCUAUAACCGACUUCAGAGUUUUCCAGCAAGUAAAAUGGCGAAACUGGAGGAACUUGAAGAAAUUGAUCUCAGUGGGAAUAAGCUGAAAGCCAUCCCAACAACGAUCAUGAAUUGCAGGCGCGUGCACACUGUGAUUGCUCACUCCAACUGCAUCGAGGUCUUUCCCGAAGUUAUGCAGCUCCCAGAGAUCAAGUGUGUGGAUCUGAGCUGUAAUGAGCUAAGCGAAGUCACAUUACCAGAAAACCUGCCUCCCAAACUGCAGGAGCUAGACCUGACCGGAAACCCUCGCCUUGUCCUUGAUCACAAAACCCUGGAACUACUGAAUAAUAUCCGCUGUUUCAAGAUUGAUCAGCCUUCUACAGGAGACGCUUCUGGAGCCCCAGCUGUUUGGAGUCAUGGUUACACUGAAGCUUCGGGGGUAAAAAACAAGUUGUGUGUCGCAGCCCUGUCGGUGAAUAACUUCUGUGACAACCGCGAAGCCCUCUACGGUGUGUUUGAUGGAGACCGGAAUGUGGAGGUGCCCUACCUUCUCCAGUGCACCAUGAGUGACAUUUUGGCUGAAGAGCUGCAAAAAACAAAAAAUGAAGAAGAAUACAUGGUCAAUACAUUCAUUGUCAUGCAAAGGAAACUUGGAACUGCUGGGCAGAAGCUUGGUGGUGCCGCUGUCCUUUGUCAUAUCAAGCAUGACCCUGUGGACCCAGGAGGAUCCUUCACCUUGACCUCUGCUAAUGUGGGCAAGUGCCAAACAGUUCUCUGUCGAAAUGGAAAGCCACUGCCUCUGUCCAGAUCUUACAUCAUGAGCUGUGAAGAAGAGCUGAAGAGGAUUAAACAGCACAAGGCCAUUAUCACUGAGGAUGGCAAGGUGAACGGGGUGACUGAGUCCACGCGCAUCCUGGGCUACACCUUCCUCCACCCCAGUGUGGUGCCUCGCCCCCACGUGCAGUCCGUGCUCCUGACCCCCCAGGAUGAGUUCUUCAUCCUAGGCAGUAAGGGGUUGUGGGAUAGCCUGUCCCUCGAGGAGGCCGUGGAGGCAGUGCGCAAUGUUCCUGACGCCCUGGCUGCCGCCAAGAAGCUGUGUACCCUGGCCCAGAGCUACGGCUGCCACGACAGCAUCAGCGCUGUGGUGGUGCAGCUCAGUGUCACCGAGGACAGCUUCUGCUGCUGCGAGCUCAGCGCCGGUGGGGCCGUGCCACCACCCAGCCCUGGCAUCUUCCCUCCCUCAGUGAACAUGGUGAUCAAGGAUCGGCCCUCAGACGGGCUGGGCGUGCCGUCCUCCAGCAGCGGCAUGGCUUCCGAGAUCAGCAGUGAGCUCUCCACUUCCGAGAUGAGCAGCGAGGUGGGGUCCACAGCCUCCGAUGAGCCCCCGCCUGGAGCCCUAAGCGAGAACAGCCCUGCCUACCCCAGUGAGCAGCGCUGCAUGCUCCACCCCGUCUGUCUGUCCAACUCCUUCCAGCGCCAGCUGUCCAGCGCCACGUUCUCUAGCGCCUUCUCCGACAACGGCCUUGACAGUGACGAUGAGGAGCCCAUCGAGGGCGUCUUCACCAAUGGCAGCCGGGUGGAGGUGGAGGUGGACAUCCACUGCAGCCGGGCCAAGGAGAAGGAGAAACAGCAGCACCUGCUUCAGGUGCCAGCAGAGGCCAGCGAUGAGGGCAUUGUCAUCAGCGCCAAUGAGGAUGAGCCGGGUCUGCCCAGGAAGGCAGACUUCUCUGCCGUUGGGACCAUUGGGCGCCGGAGGGCCAAUGGCUCUGUUGCGCCCCAGGAAAGGAGCCACAAUAUGAUAGAGGUGGCUACAGAUGCACCUCUUCGAAAGCCUGGAGGCUAUUUUGCUGCCCCGGCUCAGCCAGAUCCCGAUGAUCAGUUUAUCAUCCCCCCGGAGCUGGAAGAGGAGGUCAAAGAAAUCAUGAAGCAUCACCAGGAGCAACAGCAGCAGCAGCAGCCACCACCGCCACCUCAGCUCCAGCCGCAGCUGCCGCGGCACUACCAACUGGACCAGCUGCCAGAUUAUUACGACACGCCACUAUGACCCAGCCGAGCUAUUUAACAAAUAAACUAACCACAAAAUACCAAGUUGCAAGAGUCUCUCAGGCUCACAUUAAACCAGGGGUUUUACUCCACGUCCUUCCCCCGGACACUGUUCCCAACCUGUCGUCGCAGCUAAUCUGUAGGUUCUCUUUCUUUGGGUUAUUUUUUAAAAUAAUCACCACUUUCUUCUAGUGAUGCUUUACCAAUAUGAUUUACAUUUGUUAACUUCUCCCCCUAACAUAUCAGAUAUGUAAAGACAAAGAGCAAAAGGUUUAAUAUAUUACAGAGAAAUAGUUAAUGAUAAUGUGCUAUUUUUUAAAAUGGCUUUUUGUUGUUUUGUUUGUUUGGAAGGCAGGGCAGGCUGCCGUUGCUAAAUGAUUUAAUAAUAUUGUAAUUCUGUAUUUCUUUGGGGGGAAAAGGAUUUUUUUUUUUUUUUUUUUGGUCUUGAAAAUAAUAGACAUUUGUAGAAUAUGGAGACUAACUCCUAGGAGUUGCUUUACUCUGUCAGGUGACUUCAGUCACUGGGAUUCACUAAUUUUCUCUGAGAGAACAGCGAUUGAGAAUUUCUAUUGUAAAUAGCUCAGUGUUGUAUAGUGAGGCUUACGAUGUUUUGUAGUCUUGGCGUGAGGACACAGCCCAAGUAACUGACGUUUCCCCUUCCCCUCCCCUCUGAGGAGCCUGCCUGCCUCCCAGCUCAUCCUCACUUCACUGAAUGAGGAGGCUGAGCAGCUGCAGCAUUUCUGUCCAGAGGAAGUGGAUCUUAGGCCACCACACAAGAGCCUGCACCCAAAGGCCCUAAACCCGUUUUCCUCCCUGUCCCAGCCUCUCCACUUUGACAGACAAUUUUUAACUGUGUUCCUUACUGCUGCCACAAUCAGCAUGGCUGUAUAGUGCCCCAUUAGGCCAUUUACAUACCCAGAGUUACACUCAAGCAGAAUGCACAAACGGACAUGUCAUAAUUUUUGUUAUAAUAAAUAUGAAAUUUACAAGUA